CUGACAGUUUCCGAGUAUCGGGUAUCGACUAUUACUUUCCAUCUUUCAAUGACAAUGACAGGCGACUUUCUCACUUUCUUCGUACCCUUCUUCCUGUCGAAACACAAGAACCCACCGGAACCCACAAAGCAUCAUGACAAGUGCUAACGACUGGAUUUCCGAGGACCUGAAACCAGCUACUCUGCUGUCGGUGCACGAGGAAAAUGGUGUUAUUACCAAGGUGUACGUGGCUCCCUGUUUGGAGCCGAAAACAAAGGUGGAGCCCCUGGUGGAGCGAAAGCCAGAAGUUUUCCCGGAGGCCAACACGCUGCUCUUCCAAUCUCUUCGAUUGCCUCUUCUGUCGCAAGGAGUUCUUGGCCUGCUUUAGGCCUGGCCAAGUGAGCCGUCGAUAUGCCUGCGACGAAUGUGUCCGUAGGCUAAAAGCCCAGGAGGCAGAGAAGAAGCUCUGUGUCAAGAGAAAGGCCGAAUUAUGCUGUGAUCGCUGUGGGAGAACGUACAAAUAUGAGGGUUUCCUUAACCGUCAUUUGAAGACUUGCCAGGUACCGGAGAAAUUCAAAAGGAAGCGAGAAAAUUGACGAAGCUAGUUAACCAACAGACAAAUUUUUAAACAAAGUU